UGGCCGCUGCUGCCAUCACUAACGCAGACCGUUUUCACGAACAUAUUUUGUAUUUUGCGAAGAAAAAGUGCAGCGAAAUUGCGCGCUAAUUGGCACAAAAGGUGUUUCCGGCAACACGGCAGGUGCAAGCGACUGAAAAACGCGUUAGCGGAGUGCGAAGAUACCGUUCAAUUCGGGGGAAAAGCAUCGCAUCCCCGGCCAUCACACAUACGCACGGCGAAAAGACGCUGCGCGAGUGUGUGUGUGUUUCCGUAGACAAUCGACUUGCGUGGUGCCGGGUUACAUAUUUUUAUUGGAUUUUUAAGUCGACUUCGUGCCCCGAGAAAACCAAUGUGCCUGGCCUAAAGUGGGGCCACAAAUUGGCGGCAGUGCACCGAAAUUCCCGCAGCAGACUCACAAAAACGCAGCCAAGAUGAUGUUCACGGGCACCAACCAGCAGCAGGACACCCGAUUUAGCGACAAGGAGAAGAAGCUGAUGAAGCAAAUGAAGUUCGGCGACUGCCUCAAUAAGCGGGUGGACAUGUCCAAGGUGAAACUGGACGUGCUGCGUCCGUGGAUCAGCAAGAAGAUCACCGACAUUCUGCACAUCGAGGACGACGUGGUCGUUGAGUUUGUCUACAAUCAGCUGGAGGAGGAGAAGUAUCCGUGCCCCAAGAAGAUGCAGAUCAACAUGACGGGCUUCUUGAACGGCAGGAAUGCCCGCCAAUUCAUGGGCGAACUCUGGGCCCUGCUCCUCUCCGCCCAGGAAAGCGACUCGGGGAUUCCCGCGGAGUUCAUACAGCAGAAGAAGGACGAGAUACUCAAACGGGAGGAGGAGCAGCGGCAGCGGGACCGCUCGAGAUCCCGGUCCCGCUCUCAGCGCGCCAGCUCUCGGCGAGAUCGCCCGCGUGACCGAUCCAAUUCCAAGUCCCGCUCGAGAUCCCGCUCGCCAAAGCCGGCCAACAACAACGGCUCGGUGCCCAGUGCCGCCCGAGAAGCGGCCGCCAAUGCGGCGGCCAAGAUCCGAAAGCGGGGCUCCUCCUCGGCCGCCAGACCUGCGUCCAGGGAGCGGCGCACCAGCCGACGGCCACGUUCGCGCUCUAACCAGCGUUCCCGCUCGCGCACAUCCGGCAAAAAGGCGGGCUCGAGGGAGCCCACACCCGCUAAGACUGUCAACGGGCGCCACUCGGCGGACAAGUCGUCGCCGGUGCCGCCGGCGUCCAAGAAGAAGUCGCGCUCCCGAUCGCGGUCGCGAUCUCGCUCGCCUCGCAGCCGAUCCCGUUCGCCCAGCGCCAAGCGGUCACGUUCCCGCAGCUCCUCGCGUCGUAGCCGCCGACGAGGACGCUCCAGCAGCGUCUCCCUGUCGCCGGAGCGCAAUCAAGAUCACUUCGAGCAUCGGCGCAACAAGAACAGUGUGCAGAACAAGCGGCAGUACCGCAACAAUCGCGGGGACUCCGCCAGUUCGGUGGAGCGUGGAAAUGAUCGUGGUAGGCAGUUCGGUGGUGGAGGGGGCAAUCGCCGAGGAGGCGGCAGACGCUUCUCGCCCCGCGGACGCAGUCCUAUGCGACAGGAUAAUGGCGGUGGUGGCGGCAAUCGCUUCCAGCGCUCCAAUUCACGACGCAGGUCGAGAUCCCGGCGACUAUCACGCUCGCCCAUGCGGUAUUCUCGCUCCCCAAGACGCUUUAACAAUCGUCGCCGGUCGCCCAUGAUGAACUUCAGAGGCGGCGGACGUGGUGGUGGACGGGGUGGCGGCGGCCAUCGCCAGAUGUGGCAGCAUCGGGGAGGGUCACCGAACUUCCGCGGCGGCGGUCGCAUACACUGGCAGGCCAGGCAUAGUCCUGGCGGCGGCGGACGUGGAGGCGGCGGUGGAAUGGGUCGUUUCGACAGGCGCCAAUCGCCGCAGCAGAAUCGCUAUAAUCGCGACCACCGCCAGUCGCCGAUGCAGCAGAACCAACCGUUCCGCAAGCAAUUCUCGCCGCAUCAGGGACCGGGACGUCGCUUCUCGUCGCCGCAACAGCGUCGAAACUCGCGCGACCGUCGCCCCAACUCGAGAGAACGGCGCAGCUCGCCCGGUGGCGGUCACGUGAAUCGGUGGGACAACCCGCCACCUGCCAGAAAUCGGCGUUCGUCAUCGGGUAGCUCACCAGGUGGACGCCAGCCACGACAGCGCAGCCCUAGUCCGCCGGAGAAGCGCGGACGCAGCCGCAGUCGCAGCCAGAGUCGUCAAAGAAGCCGCAGUCGCUCAAGUUCACGGCGCAGUCGCAAACGAUAUAGUCCAGUUGGCCGCUCUUCGGUGGAGUACACUGGCCCGGCAGUAAACACUAUCGACCUCUGUCGCGAAGAGCAGCAGCGUAAAGCAGCCAAGACAGAAACUAUCAUUGUGCUGUCCCGGACGCCAUCUCCGUUCCUUAAGUCCCACGAGCGACAAGCCGUUGCCAAAGUGGCGGCGACGACACAAAAGCCAGAUACUAUCAUUGUGCUGGACGAGGCUCCGGUCGGGCGCAGCAGCUACGCCAGUCUGUCCCGCACGCCCUCGCCUUUCCUUAAGCCCCACGAGCGACUAGCCGUUGCCAAAGCGGCACCAAAGAAAUCCCGCGACCAGAGCCAGAGCAGCAGCUCGGAUAGCAGCGCCGACAGCGAUGACAGUGAGGAACCGCCGCGUCGCAAGAAGCAGCCACCGGGUGGAGAGGCGGCCAAGGGCAAGUCGAAGGAGAAGUCGCGACGCAGCUCGGAGAGUUCAUCUAGCAGCGAACAGAGUGACGACGAGGACAACUCCAGUGGGGAUGAGAGGCUCAAGAAGAAGCUGCAGCAGCAGAAGGUAAAAGAGAAGGAAGCGGCGGCUCUGAAGGAAAAAGAAAAAGAACGAGAGAAGGACAAACGGCGUUCGGACAAGAAACCCAAGCGGGCGGGAACGUCCAGCGGCGAUGAGGAGUCGACGAGCAGCCGCAAGCGUAACCAUAAGAAGACGCGUCGGGACGAGGGCGUGGAGGCAGGCAACGGAAACAGCGACUCGGAGGACGAGCAUGUGCCCAAGAAAAAGCGCAAGAAGACCAAGAAGGCGGUGGAGUCAAGCGACAGCGAUUCCGAGGCCUCGUCCAAGCGGAAGAAGCAUAAGAAACACAAGAAGCACAGCAAGAAGAGCAAGAAGCAUAAGAAGCACAAGCGGAAGAGCAGUGCCGGAAAAUCGCGGGCUGACAGCAGUUCCCAGGGCAGCAGCGAUGAUGAGGAGCAGCCGCCGUCGGGAGCGGCCAAGAGAAAUGGUAACACAGGCAAGCUGCCGCUACUGCUGCCGGGCGCUUCCGUACCGGGGGUCAUCAACGAGGACCUCGAGAAGCAGUUGCGGGAACGAGCCCUCAAAUCUAUGAAGAAACUGGACUGAACGACAGACUAUAUGCGAGAAUGAUUGCCCUCUUUACUCCCAAAAUUCUGACCCCCAACUCAUACCCUCAUCGAGAAUCGCUCGCCCUAACAGACAGACGUACGUAGCCAUUAAAAUAGAAAUAUACAUUUAAACCAACUAUACAUUCAUUAACUGCAUACAUUGUAUUUCUUAAAAUGUAUUUCACAUAACGUUAAGUUCUUUCGCCUAAACAAGAAAAGUAGCGACUAAAUUAGCGAGCCAACAAUUAAGCGAACGAAUACAGUUUGUAUUAUGUACAAAAAAAUUAAAAACUGAAUUAACCCUUA